GUGAAACAGGAAACAGAAGCCAGGCAAAUGCCAUUUGCUAUCUACAGCAACAACACAAAUUGCAAAAAAAUAACGGAGAAGGACAAAUUCACUGUGCAGACAGACUCCAGGUUAAGCUGUCAGAGUAAUAAACAAGCUCUUUUCAGAAUCUUCUUCAGUUUUGUUACCUUCUUUUUUAAAUGUGAACACUGGACAUGUACACAGUAUGACUGGCACAAUGCUCUGGGCAGCGGGGCUGAGACUCCUGGGGCAACGCAGCUGCAGAGCCCGGCCUGAAACGGUCUCUGUGCUGCAUGUCGGCGCGGCUGUAGUGCCGCCAGCCACCAGUGCUCCAGGCAGCGUGGAAUUGCCAUACAUUGCUACAAAACGAAACCGCUUCUGAGUUGGUUUCAAACACGUCUCCCCACACACAAGAUAAACCUUCGCUGUGCAGCUGGUUUGAAUUCAGAUCAGGAAGGAUUUUACCAAAGGGGUGGCAUGGUGUUCUGCCGCUUGAAGUGGUUUAUAGGCUUUGGCAGUAGGGAUGUCCUCACAAAAGCUUCAAGGAGCAGUAACAGAAGCACCUCUUUGAUAUGGAGAUGCUGCUAUCACAGGACUCCAGGAAGCUUCCUGGAUCCUGAGAUGAGAGCGUUUCUGGAGGAGAACACUGAAGUCAGUAGCAGCGGGCACCUCACACCAGAGAUACGACUGCGACUUCUGACACCUCGCUGCAGAUUCUGGCAGGAAAGAGCUGACUUGUGGCCCUAUGGUGACCCCUUCUGGGCAAUCUACUGGCCAGGAGGCCAAGCCCUGUCCAGGUAUAUCUUAGAUAACCCGGAGGCUGUCAGAAUGGGAUCAGUACUAGAUCUCGGAAGUGGAUGUGGAGCAACAGCAAUCGCUGCUGUGAUGAGCGGUGCAUCCCAGGUCCAUGCUAAUGACAUCGACCCCAUUGCAGGAAUGGCCAUGGUAUUAAAUUGCGAGCUGAACAAUGUGAACCCCUUCCCUAUUCUAACUAAGAACAUCAUUGAUACAGAGCUGGACAAGUGGGACCUCAUUGUUUUGGGGGAUAUGUUUUAUGAUGAACAACUUGCAAACAGUCUUCAUCACUGGUUGAGGAAAUGCAUCAGGACUCAUGGAACUAAAGUGCUAAUUGGUGACCCUGGGAGGCCUCAGUUCUUAGGCCACCGCAUUCACAGUCAAUUGCACAAAGUGGUAGAAUAUUCACUUCCUGAAUCCACUAGGCAAGAAAACAAUGGAUUAACCUCAAGCAUUGUCUGGAGUUACCAGCCCUGACCUCUCCAUUUCUCCAAAAGCUGCUAACGCUGGAUUUAGAAGAAGUGUGGUCUUCAAAAAAAGACAUGUGUGUUCUCUGUUUAUAAAGUAUGAAAAUGGAACAUUGGAAAAUGGGGCAGAUCCUCCGCUGGUGCAAACUGCUGUAAUGCCACUGAAGUGCACACAGUUACAAUUCACACCAGCUGAGAAUCUGGUCCAUAGUUUGGGAGAAGUCUUACAGGUAAAUUCCACCCUCAGAUGUGCAGAUACUCCCUGCCCUGCCCCAUUGAUGCCAAUGAAAGUUAAGUGUGUGUGUUCAAAGGCUGAACAGGAUGUAACCAAAUAAAAUAUCAAGAUAAACAGG